AUGGUAACGGGAUCCAUGCCUGCGUCUCCCAACGCCCGUAACGUCGACCCGUUGGCAAUCCAAAAAGAACGACGAAGAAGAAUUGCGGUCGCUCAGGAUGAAGAGUUGCGAUGGGCGAACUUGAAGACCGUUCUUCGGGGUGACGAGUCCGUGUUGACAUACCGCAGCGAGAAAUGCUUGGAAGAUCUCCGACCUGAGGACGACGUGCUCUACCACCUAGGAGCGAGACUUCUGAGGAGCAACCACCUGCAAGGAGAGCCAACACUGCGUCUAGUGGUGCCCACCACGAUGAUUCAAGAGGUACUACAAAAUUGCCAUGACUCGUUGGAAGGAGGUCAUCAAGGCAUCGCACGAACUUUCUACCGGGUGAAAUUAGACUACUACUGGGUCGGUCUAUACGCAGAUGUCGCAAGACACGUACGCUCUUGCCCCGACUGUAGCUCGAGUAAAAGCCGACCGAAGCUUCGCGGAUACUCACCGGGGAACAUUUUGGCGGAGCGACCGUUUCAAAUCGUGUCUAUGGAUUUCGUCAUACCCUUACCGAAGUCCCGGCGAGGAAACACUGCGUUGUUGUUAUUUCAAUGCGCAUUCACCGGAUUCGUGAUGGGCAAAGUCAUGGCAAAAACUACCGCCUUGCAGGUGGCGCAGGUGUUUGAAGAGUGCGUCUACCGAUGA